AGUCAAAGCGCCAGACUUUGCAGAGCAGCAGAGAAACGGAGAGAGCGAACGGCACGCGUUGUAUCCAUGGACUACAGGAAUAUCUCGUUUCUUGUCCCCAGCAUUUUUGCGUUUGUUGCAGUAGACGUUUACCGAUUACUGCCACUUACCUCCUUUCAAUGCCCUAAACGGGUUUUGUUUCUUGUCGGACUGUAAUUCAUUGGGAGGAACAUGGGAGUCCAGACGAGGGGAGCCUGGGUGGCUAUGACGUUCUCGGACUGGGUCAGUGGAUUGGGAAUCCUCUUAAUCUUCCUGAUGGAGAGUUUAGCAGUGGAUGCGACCAACAUGGAGCCAGUCUACUGGAACUCUUUGAACAGAAGGUUUGGAGAUGAGAGGGGCUACAUACUCUACCCUCAAAUAGGGGAUCGUUUGGACCUCGUUUGUCCUGCCACGAGUCCAUCAGGGUCGAACUCUCCUCCUGAGUAUGAGUAUUAUAAACUGUACCUGGUGUCCUCACGAGAGCAGGCCGACAGGUGUGAGGUGAUGGGCGCCCCGAACCUGUUGCUCACCUGUGACAAACCCAACAGCGAUAUGAGGUUUACCAUCAAGUUCCAGGAGUACUCGCCCAACCUGUGGGGUCACGAAUUCAAGAACUUACGAGACUAUUACAUCAUAGCUACCUCUGACGGUACAAAAGAAGGGAUCGACAGCAUGAGAGGAGGCGUUUGUGUGACGCGAGGGAUGAAGCUGGUUCUCAAAGUGGGACAGACCGCAUAUGGCCUUCCCCCAAAACCCAAACCUGAUCCAGGCCGUCCCAGCAACAGAAUCCCAGAUACAGAAAGUGGCUCUAAAGCAGGUGAUGAAGGUGAGGCCGGUGAGAGGGGAGACAGCGGGGCCGUGUCUGUCUCUAACAUCGCCCUAAUCGCCGGCGGUGCCGGGGGAGCCUUCAUCCUCCUGAUCGCUGUAGUGAUCGCUGUCGUGUGUUACCGGCGACGGAAAGCCAAGCACUCCGAAACUCACCAUCCUGCCCUUACGCUCUCCUCUCUUACCCCAAAGAGAGGCAGCUCCUGCGGGGCAGCUAUGGGGGCCGGCGGGGGCAACAAUAUUGGCUCAGAGCCCAGUGAUAUCAUCAUUCCCCUGCGGACCUCUGACUCGGCGUACUGCCCCCAUUACGAAAAAGUCAGCGGCGAUUACGGACACCCCGUCUACAUCGUUCAAGAGAUGCCUCCUCAGAGUCCAGCCAAUAUUUAUUACAAAGUAUGAGAUCAGCGAACACGCAGACAACCCAUCCAGAACUGAUGGUACCUCACACACAUGUGCUGUGUGUCCAAGUGACUCUAUAUUUAAGAGCCUAUACAUGAUACUAGAACUUGGAUGUGAAGUUGAGUUCUAGGAAAGUGGUAAAUCAAGCUUUUAUGUCAUAGCAGCGUGUUUGCAUGUAUUUACAAGUGUGUGUGUGUGUGUGUGUCUGAGGCGGGCGGAUCACGGAUUUCACAUGUACUCAGGUGCAAGUGAAUGUACGUCACACGCUUGUUGGAGAUGAGUUUAUACGUCCAUUCUGAUGGUUGAAAUUGAGUUAUUGUGCUUAUCCUCAAAACCAAACAGUAGAGAGUGAUGUAAAAAAAAGAAUACAUGUAUAAAUAAUAUAAGUACUUCUUACAUUUUUACCCUCAGGGGGGAAAUUCACUAAGAAAGUGCACUGGCUGAUUGCAUCGUUUAUUUGCACAUGCAUUGUUUUAGUGGUCCAUUCACUAACAAAAAAAACGUGCCCAAAAGAUCAAAACACCAUCUUCACGCCCCAAUUCGCCACCUGCGGACUGGCGCAAUCUGGCGUACUUUACUGGGACUGUACAGUAUCGCUAAGAUCCAGAAAAUGGACUGACACUUUAAAAUGCCAAAAACGGUUUUGACUAGAUAUGUUUCCAUUUCAAAAGCUUUUUUCAUUAUUUGAUCAUCAUUUGAUGAAUUAACGCUUCCAUUGUCACUAGACAUUUUACACAAUCAUCUUUUUUAAAUAUUAGCUCAAUUGCGUCUUUUUAGGCGGUUUUGAAUACCGGAUGUCUUUUGACAGAAUCUGAUGAAGACACCGAAUUCAAUAUUCCUUGCGCUUUGGAACAAUCUAAAAUUUUUAGUGUAGUUGGCAGAAUCAAGCUUAGUUGGAUCUAUUAUAGAAUGUUUGUGCAUUCUAAAAUGACUAAUUUGCAUAGAAAGGAGGCGUGUUUGCGCGGAAAACGAAAAAAAAAUAUUGAAUAGUUCACUGAAAUUUUUUUAACACUAUUCCAUCGCAAAAAGCACUUGUUAAACUGGAUUGCGUGUGGCUAGUGAAUGAGACACCGAGUGUACCAGGCGUAAAAAUAGCGCAACUGUUUAGUGAA